AUGGCUCUUCUAUUACGUUCAGCGCUCGCUCAAGCAUUAACAAAAUCAGUACGACCUAUGUGGGCGGCAGCGAUGACAUCAACAGGUCGUCGAAACAUGUCGUCACAUAAAAAGGAAACCGAUGAAGAAUUUGACGAACGCUGGAAAGCGUACUUCGAUCGACCAAAUAUCGAUGGUUGGGACAUUCGUCAAGGUAUCAAUCAUAUGAAUCGUCUCGACUUGAUUCCUGAACCAGAAAUCAUAUCUGCUUGCCUUCAAGCGUGCCGUCGUGUCAAUGAUCAUUCGUUGGCUGUUCGUUAUUUAGAAGCGAUCCGCUAUAAAUCCAAUGCAGUUUCGAAACAAGUCUGGCCGUGGAUUCUUCAAGAGAUUCGCCCAACAUUAGAUAAAUUGGGCAUCUCAACACCCGAAGAUUUAGGCUAUGACAAACCCGAAUUAGCUUUGAAAUCUGUCGAUGAUAUUUUACGAUUAUUGGUUGUACCUUCUUUGUCUCUUUUUUUCUCCUUACCAAACAACAAACAUAAACUGUGUCCUGUCCUGAUUCUUUAA